AGUCAUUGGAGAGGUUGAUCAGCCACAGGUGUUCGCGAGGAAGAAAAAAUAUAUAUAUAUAUACACGGGAAGCGCGAUCACGCAGGUAAGAGGGGAGGUGCAACAAGAAUAACAGUAAUGGUGUUUGACUCAUUGACCUCCGGAGCAGUCCUGCUCUAUGAAGAAUGGCUCCAACAGGCUGAUCCCAGGACAGAAGAAUGGCCGCUUAUGUCAUCCCCAUUCCCCCAGACUGUCAUUAUCGUCGCCUAUAUCUACUUUGUCACGACGCUGGGCCCUCGGCUGAUGGAGAACCAGAAACCAUUUGACCUCAAGAAUGCCAUGAUUGUGUACAACUUCAGCAUAGUGGGCUUCUCCCUCUAUAUGAUCUAUGAAUAUCUGAUGUCUGGUUGGGCUAAUGGCUACUCCUACCGUUGUGACCUUGUGGACUAUUCUAAUAAUCCACUGGCUGUCAGGAUGGCAUGGACCUGCUGGCUCUACUACUUCUCAAAGUUCAUUGAAAUGUUGGACACCAUCUUCUUUGUCCUCCGUAAAAAGACCAGCCAAGUGACAUUCCUUCAUGUCUUUCAUCACUCCAUCAUGCCCUUCACCUGGUGGUUCGGAGUCAAAUUUUCCGCAGGUGGUAUGGGAACCUUCCAUGCUAUGCUGAACUGCUGUGUCCAUGUCAUCAUGUACUCCUAUUAUGCUGUGUGUGCAAUGGGGCCAGCCUAUCAGAAGUACCUGUGGUGGAAGAAGUACAUGACAAUCAUCCAGCUGGUUCAGUUUGUGAUGGUGACUGUCCACAUUGGGCAGUAUGUCUUCAUUGAGGACUGCCCCUGGAAGUUCCCUGUCUUUCUGUACAUCAUUGGUCUGUACGGUCUGAUCUUCCUGGUUCUCUUCCUUAACUUCUGGUACCAUGCCUACACCAAGGGUAAGCGGCUCCCCAAGGUUGAGCAGAACAGCAAGGCCCUCCAGAAUGCCAAUGGGGCUUACCAUGCCAACGGGGUUGCUAAAGGGGCAGCCAACGGCAUCUCAAAUGACAAAACCAACGGGGUCACAAACGGCUUUUAUCACAGCAACACAGUGCACACAAAGGAAGAGUGAAGCUUCCAACGCUUCAGGUUUCCACAGAAACAUUACAGUCCUGUGUUUUUAUAUUUAUAGGGCAUUUUCCAUCAUUUUAACCUAAUUCAAUAUCUCCACCAUUCUACUGUGUGUCCAUAUGUGAAGACCGUAUUUAGUUCUGCAUGGAAGUUCUAGCCAGAUUGAGGCUAUUUCCUGUCUCCCCACUUGACCUUUUUUAAAGUUAUUAUACAAGAAUGAAUGACACGAACACGAUAGAAGUGUAUUUGAUCAGUGCUGACGGUCUUUGCACAUGAGCUAAUAAGGUUUGCAUUGGUGGUAGUUUCUAUGGUUUGUCACCAUGCAAAGUAAAUUGGUUAACACACCAAUAAGAUCCUAAUAAGUGUCUGGUUUUAACCGCUCCAACAGUCCUAACAAGACUGAGUAUUGAUUCUAGAAAUCUGCAGAAAAGCAUUUUUUUUUGCUGUAAUAGAUGCAAAUCUAUUACAAAGUAUGUAUUAAAAAAACAAAGGCAUUGGACCUUUUAUUGUAACUUGAUGUUAUAAGGUUGAAUUAACUUUUCUUUCUACAGAAUGUGGAAAUGUGCAGUUACACACAGAGGAUUGGGGGAGAUAAUGAUUUUUUUUAAGUGGUGAAAUUACUGUCUUUAGAUAAUUGUAACAUUUCAGAGUUUAACUUUGUCCCUACAGUUUUUGUUGUAUUUAAAAACUUUGUCCUGAUCACUGUUUUGUAAUUGAAUAAUGACUAUUUCACUAGGUGGCAUUGCACUGCAAUAAUAAGCCAGAGAACACGUUUUUGGGAUAUUGUGUUAAACAAGGUAAUGGGGUUUGAACAUUCUGGUGCAAACAGAGCAUAUGAAUGGUCUUCCAGAGAUGCUCCAGUAGACCCUGAUGGUCUGGAAGUGUUGUCUGUCAUUUCAUUGAUUGAGGUUCAUUCUUUUCAUAACAGUUGGUCCAUAAUGAUGUGUUGUAGUAAAGGCAACCAUGCUUAAGUGCUAGGGAUCCUCCAGUUAUGUUUAUUUAAUUUUUGAUUAUCUAAAUGUCUUUAAAUGUUACUGUAUCAAGGUAAAAUGUACAGUAUGCUUGAAGGCUGCCAGAGCUUUUACUCUUCUUGAAGGAACCAGGCUAUGAAUUGGCAUCUAGUUGUAUCCAUGUGUAUGAGAACAAUUGUCUAAAUGAAAGCGAUUAUUUUACCACUGCAGUCAAUAACGAAUACUGUGUAUUUAAUCUACCUCAAUUGUACAGAAAAAAAAAUCUGCUUUUUGUUAAAAUAAAUUAUUUUCUACUUCC